AAUAUAUAAGGGUACAACCAUUUUAGUUGAGAAAAGACUAACAUCUCCUGACCAUUAUGGGUAGAAAGACAUCCUUUGGAAGGGGAAGUGAAAGGACAUCCUUCUAUUCAUCCCAGUUAGAUGACACUAACACAAGUAGUAUGAACUGAGAUAACUAAGGUACCAAUUUAUAGUCUCUACUUUUGUGCUUUUAGCUUCCAAUUGUAUUUGUGUUGAGUCUGAAUCUGAUCUGUCUGUUGCUAUUAAAGUAUUUGACAUCUUUAGUGAAGGUGUUAGGUCCUUUGCAAGAUAUAGUGGUUCAACAGGAGUAUGAUGCCACAUUGGAUCUAUGCAGGUCCUAAAAGCAUCUUGCACUAAACUGAUAACGCUUCUUGGAAUUGUAUUUAACAAAACAGCUUGUAACAAGAUGGCAUUCUACUUAUAGUUUGGCAUGUUGAGAGUGUCCUGAAAAUUUAGAUGAUUGACCUCAAUGCUCCUCCUUCUGCUGAUUUUCUGGAUAUCAAGGAGGCAGUUAUGGCAAGGCCUGCAGGGGAUAUUAAGGAUAAAUUUGAUUUUACUUUCAAUGUCUCUGGAGGAGCGCUUUCAGAAGUUGCUUUGUGAGGGACCACCGCUUCAACGAUUUAGCACUCUUAAGUAUUAUGCUCUUGAUGAUCCCAUUGAAGAUGUUUUCAGAGUUCUUCAGCAGCAUGCCUUACUAGUGCAAGGGCUAUGGACUCCAAAAACUAGGUUGCUGAACCUAGAUCCAGCCCUUUCAUUUGGAAGAGAUUAUGCACUGGUUCUGUUUAGCAAGGACGUGAAAAUCAGAUCUUCUCAGCUGGAUGAAUUAGGACGGCAUAAAGAUAGGGUGAAAGAGAUCUUGACUACUCUAGCCACUGAAAGACGCUCCUUAGAGUAUUGGAAGCUCAAAGAGCCCCCUGAUGUGGCAUUCAUGAAACAGUAUCCAGAGAUUGUUAAGAAACAAGAACAAGUUUGGAAAACUAUGGAAGACAUUGUCUUCUCUGGCAUUCGAGGUGCAAAAGGUGGAGCUGCAAAUAGGAAAAUUAUACGUGGUCAAAAACCUUCCGUUGCUGGUAAGCCUGAAAACACUGUGGAUUCUGACAAGGGUACAACUAAAGCCUUAAGUGGCGCACAAACUAGGAGGACAAUGUCAGAUGAAACUCGAAAGGCUCUACCAAAGGCCUUGAUAAAGGUCUUCCAAAAUCAUAAAGUUUGCAGCUUUCAACAAAUUUGCCAAGGAUUGCGAGAUUUGGCCGUUUCCAAGUCUACUAUUCCAAAGGCAGAUUCAAGUAUGGAAGUGGUUGCAGCAUAUGGUGUUGAUGCUCCAGCGGAGGAGCUCCAAGAAGUCAUAAGUCAAGUUGCAACUAAUAUACAUGGUUAUUAUGUUUUAAAGUCAUCCCCAGAGCAUCCCCUACUUGAUCCUUUGAGGAAAGUUGUGAUUGAUCUUCUAUGUGUGAAAGGACCUGAUGCAAAGCUUAAGAAGGCUGAUAUCUUUACAGCUGCCAAGAUUGCUCUGAACAAAGAUAUAACAAGUGCUGACUAUAACAAGGUCAUGACUGACUUUUGCGAAUCCAGAGGUUCCGCUUGGGUUUUGAAAAGAGGGGAUGUAAAUCCAAAAUGAGUUCAGUUACAAUUUACAGUAUUGUUGCGAAGCUGUUUAUAGUUACACCCCUGCAGGAACACUUUUUUCCCCGUGGAUUUGAUUUUGGUUGAUGGAUAUAAGCAUCCAUCCCCAAAAGUUCUUACAAUUGCAAAGCUUCAAACUACAGUUUACACCGACAAUGUGAAGAUAAAAUUUCUGAGGGAGUUGAAAGGGCUUUGAAAGUUCAGUCUCAGAGCUUCAAACUUCAGUCAUAAAACAGUUGUUACUCAGUGAGAUCGUGCUUUAUGCUAUCUUUUAUACUAAAUGUUGAUUUUUUUUUUUUUUUUUUUUUUUUCCUUUCUCAAGUAUUCUCAAAUGAUACUAGAAAUUUGCUAUAUGGUUCAAGUUCAGAUUUCUUUGA